UUUGCGACUCCCGAUCGCUACUUGCUGAGCUUUAUUCCGACUUGUUUGUUACUUAAAUUGUCGAUUAUAUUCUUAACAACUAGGAAUAAGCGUUCUGCGAUCAUAGAACAGAGCUUAGAUCAUCGUAUGGUGACUUAGUUUGUCUUAUAAGUCGUGUAUUUGCGAAAACAUGUAGCUUAUAAGUAUGUGUCGGCUUUAGUGAUCAUAUUUCACGGUUCCGAUAACAGUUUGUUUCAUUGUGUCGCGAGAAACGAAGUGUUAUGUUCGUGUUUUAGCGUUUAGCAGCCGUUAGGAGUUUGAAACUUCACGAUGAUGGAAGCAUGCUGUUCUCGCUUCACGUCAGCGGAGGGGGGCGCCCGCCUCGCUGCCGCCGCCGCCACCAAGAACAUUCUUGCAGUAGAGUACGCUAGCUUCAUACCCGUGAGGCUGUUGUAUGAGAAGGCCUAUCAGAUUAGAGGCUCUCUAUCUGAAGGGCGCAAACGCUCAGUCUACAUUACCCGCGCGUCCCGGGUACGAGUGGUGGCCUUCGAGCUGAAGAUACUCACAGACUUGGCCACGGCGGCUGCUCAGCUGUACCCUGACGUGAACGAUUGGAGCGCCGAGUUGGAGACCAAGGAGGUCCUAAUCUGCACGUCCUCAGUGCUGAAGCGGCUGCUAGAGGAACAACUCCUGAGCAUCAGCAACAUCAACGUGCUCAUCAUAGACAGCUGUCAUCUCAUAUACAGCGACCAGGACUUGAAAUAUAUAAUGCGAUCAUACAAAGAAUGCCCACAAGCAGACCAACCAACCAUACUAGCUCUCACUUACCCUCUAUUUUCAACAAAAAAAGACUUAGAUAAAGACAAUAAAAAUAAACCUAAUGACACAAACAACACACAGAAAGAUCUAGAACAACAAUCUCCUGAAAAAGAGAGUGAGAUUGAAGAAGAGAAUACUACAGGAAAGAUGGAGAUUGAAAAUACAAAAAAUGUUGAAAAUGAUAAUUCAAAAACAGAGAAUGAGAUUGAAGGUAAAGAAAUAGCCUUAAAAGAAGAAAUGACAAAUGGAGAAGGAGAAAGACAUGUACAAGUAGUGAAACAACAAGAGUUAGGAGAAGAGAUGGGAGUGUAUGAGAAUUUGGAUGAUUUCGACAUGUAUGAGAAGUUAGAGUGGAAGAUAGAAGAGUUGGAGAGUGAGUUGUGCUGUCAGAUGGACUUGGCUGAAGAUAUUGAUGGCGGGAAGAGGACGGCCUCCUCAAUCUCGAAGCCCAAAGAGCUAAUCAUAGAGUACGGUAGCCGUCCAUCAGACGAGACGCUGCCCGCUCUGUACCAAGAUGUAGAUACAUACAUGAGAGUGACCGUACAAGACGCUUUACACUUCAUUGAUGAUCACCGCCAUGACCCCACAGAAAUAUACGGCGAGGAGAUGUAUGACGAGUUCAUGAGUAUUCCGGACCCCAAGAUAGACCCCACGCUGGUGUUCAAGCAGUUCCUAUACGUGCUCGAUCAGUUGGGCCCCUACGCAGCGGACAAAGCAGCUUUCGCAUUACUAACAAAAUUAGAAAAACUCAAAAUCAAAAUACCUUAUGAACGCCACUUCAUACUCAUGUGUUUAUGUACCACAGUAUUUUUGAAAAUCCGAUGCUACGCCGAAAUGAUUUUCGAAAAAGUCGACGACGAAUGGGAAAGAUUAAAGACCUUUUCGUCGCCGAAAAUCAUGAGAUUGGCCGAAAUUUUGGAGAAGUUCAAACCGCCGGAUAUUCGGCCUAAUAAUUCGGCUGUUAACGGAAAGGAUAGUCGGGAUAGUAAGGAUAGAGCAAAUGAGGUUGUGUCUACUGGUUGUGAUAACUUAAGUAAAGGGAAUUUAAAGAAAAUGUUAAGUGAAAUAGAAGAUUGUGAUUUCGCAUCUUUAGGCGACAGAAUUGAAGAUCGAGUGAAUACUUACGUUUGUAAUUUAAAAGACCUUGACUAUCCUAUAGAAGACUAUCCUUUAAGUAUUAAUAGCCAAAUCCUUUUAGAUCAGGAUAUUAACGAGACAGAUAUUCCUGAAUCGGCUGAAGAUAUUUCUAAUAAUGAAAGUUCAACUAUCCCAACUGAAACAACCAAUCUUAUUACGAAUGACCGGGAUAGUGCAGAAAAAUCAAUUAAUCGAACGGAUAGUGGUGUUAAUAUCCCGGAUAGUUGCGUUAACGGGCCGGAUAGUAGUGUUAAUCAGCCGGAUAGUCGUAAUACUGAAGUGGCGUUACAACAGCGAGGAAUGUUAGGGUUUCCUAGACGUGCAGGGUACAGGAUGAGGGGCAAGUCUCGGAUGCAACGCAACAAUGCAGCGAGGGUGCUGCAGAUGCAACAGAACCCAGAUGCACUUUGUGGCAUCGUGUUCAUGAAGGAGCCGCUGAUGGCUAAGAUCCUGUUUAUGGUGCUCGUGGAUAUGUCCCGGAGUAACCCCCACUUGUCGUACCUGAGCGUACAAUACUGCGGCACGGAGCUGCCGGCCGACCCCGGGACUGAGCCCCGCGAGUGUCUGCGCCAGGGGAAGCGCCAGGAGGACGUGCUCAAGAAAUUCCGCAUGCACGAGUGUAACCUGCUUCUAGCGACGUCUGCGCUAGAAGAGGGCAUUGACCUCCCGCGGUGUAACCUUGUACUAAGAUGGGACGUACCGCCCUCCUACCGCUCGUACGGUCUCUGUCGCGGCCGAGCCCGUGCCACUCGCGCGACAGCCGCGCUACUGUGCAGCAACAGUCGCGACACUACUGAGAUGUUGCUGCAGAAUGUCGCUACUUACAGGGAGCUGGAUCAGAUUAUCAGCAGAAAAUGCGGCUGUGGCAUUCAGGAUGAGCCUCCGCAAACCGAGGAAGAUCACGCGGACGCUUUCACAAGCUUCGUCAAACCCUACACUCCUAUAGAUAGUACUAGCCAAAAUAUACAGGAAAGCAAAGAUACCAAAGAAAAAGAUAAAGAUAAGAAUGAGAGCAAAGAUAAAAAUGCAGCUAGCAAAAGUAAAAAAGUUAAGUUCGAAAGUAAAGUUCAAGAAAAAGUUAUAACUGAUAAUGCAAAUGGGGUAGACACGGGUAAUAAUAAUAUAAGAUUAAAUAGUUCUGUGGAUAAUAAUGUAAGUUUAAAUAACGAUAAUGCGAAUAUUCAUUCCAAAAAUAACAACGAAAAUGUUACUUUAAAUGAAGAAGUUAACACUAAAAAUAAUGCCGAAAACAUUAUUAAUAAUGCAGUGAAAACAGUUAAUAAUGUUGUUAAAUCUGUUAACGAAGUCAUUAAUAAUGUUAACGAAGCUGUUAAUAUAGGAAUUAACGAUCUCAUUAACCAAAUUAUUGACGAAACCGCUAGUUUGAAUGUUAGUGAUGAAAUAGAAAACAAUAAUGGUGAGAUUUCUAAUAGUAUAGACGCUGAAACGUCACAGAAUAGCGAAACUGGUGAAUUAGAGGUAAAAUUGGACAAAAAUCAUGUUGAUAUCGAUAAUCAUUCGAUUAAAAACGACUCGAUAACAAAUGAAAUCGAUAUUAAGCCAAUUAAAACUGAAAUCGAAAAUCAUUCGAGUACAAACGACUCGAUAAGAACCGAAACCGAUAUCGAACCAAAUACAAGCAAAAUCGAUAAACGAUCGAAUGACAAAGAAGAAUCGAAUAAAGAAAUCGAGUUAUCGUUCAAUAAUUGUGAGAAGUGUUACAAUGUGAAGAUCAGUGGUGUGUGUCUGUGUGCGAAUGUUAAUAUGUACUAUCAACUCUUAGCUAAAGCUAGUGCGAUGAAUAAAUCGGAUUUCAAGAAGAAUAUUAGUGAAAAUGAACCUACUGCUAGCGUUGAUUUGAGUACUGCCAUUGCGUUAAUUAAUAGAUACUGCGGCAAACUACCUUCAGACACAUUCACCCGGCUAGCUCCUCAGUGGUGGAUGGAAGAGAUCCAACUGCCGGUAGCCGGGUCCAAUGAUACCCGGACUGCUUACAUCUGCACGCUGCGGCUGCCUCUCAACUGCCCCGUCAAGUAUAAUAUAGUGGGACACCCGAUGCCCACUAAGGUGUUGGCGCGAAGGAUGGUGGCGCUACAAGCAUGCAGGAUACUGCACAAGAGUGGAGAACUCGAUAACCAGCUGAUGCCUAUAGGUAAAGAGAAUUUCAAGGCGGCUGAGCUGGGCGGGUCGGGCGUUACUCGGGAGGCGGAUGCCGGUGACUCAGCCCGCCCCGGCACCACCAAGCGCAGGCAGUAUUACUAUAAACGAACAGCAUGGGCAUUCACGGACUGCCAGCCGGUCAUAGACUCCACGGACGAGGAGAUAUACCCGGGCGUAGACCCGAGCACGUUGGACAUAGACAGCGACACAGAGCCGGGACAGUCGGAGGAUAGUCAGAAGGAAGAGGGGGGUGAGGAAGUCAGGAAAGAGGGGGGAGGUAAUAAACGCAACAUGCUAUACGCGAUAGUGUGCAAGCUGUGGUGUGCUCUCCCGGAGCGCUACAACACGCGCGGGCGCCGCCUGCACGCGCCGCAGCUCGCCAGCCAGGCCAUCGGCAUCCUCAUGUCGCGGCACGAGCCUGACAGCCUUCAGAUCCCGGCGUUCCCUGUGUACACUCGGUCAGGCGAGGUCAGGGUGUCUGUGGAGCAUGUACCGUCAGCAGAUGUACGGGUCUGCCCGCGCAGAGCCAAGCUGGUCAGGAGAUUCAUGCGCUUCGUGUUCGCGGAGGUGCUGCGAGUGCGAAGACGCGGCAUGAAGUUACAGAGCGAAGGCUCUACGCACAACAACUACUAUAUCGUGCCUACUGUUAAGACUACGAAUGAAGAUGGUACCCAUAAAAUAGACAUAGACUGGGCAUUCCUAGAACUGAUCUACCAACAUACAGAAGAAAAAAAACUCUCUGACAUAGAGAAACCGCUCCUCUGGCAAGACAACCCGGAUGAAGAGCAUAGAGUGGAGAGGGAGAGCCAUAGACGGAGGAGGGGGAAGAAGAGGAUGGCUAAUCCUCUUUUGAAGAAAGGAGAAGUGUUUGUGUUUGACGCUGAGAAGUAUAGCGAGGCGGUCGUCACUCCGUGGUAUAGGAAUCAGGAUCAGCCACAGUUCUUCCUCGUAGCGGAGAUCUGUUGGAACCUGACUCCCGACUCCUCAUUCCCGUCAGCGACCCACCAGAGCUUCAGAGACUACUACAGCACUAAGUACGGAGUCAGCCUGACCCAGAGGGAACAGCCGCUGUUAGAUGUAGACCACACCAGUGCCAGGCUCAACCUGCUCACUCCCAGAUACGUGAACCGCAAAGGCGUGGCGCUUCCAGUGUCCUCCGAGCGUACUCGCCGAGCCAAACGCGACCGCCUCGACCAGAAACAGAUCCUUAUACCCGAGCUGUGCCGGGUGCAUCCAUUCGCUGCACCUCUGUGGUUCGCUACAGUGGCGCUGCCCUGUGUACUGUACAGAAUAAAUGCCCUUCUCAUAGCGGAUGAGAUCCGUCGCGCGGUGGCCAUCGACGUGGGGCUCGGCAUACCCAAGAUCAACGAGGACACCAUGCCGGGCUUCCAGUGGCCUGCACUCGACUUCGGGUGGAGUCUAGCUGAGGUAUUGAGCGCAGAUUCAGAGAAGAAUGAUAAGAAGAAAGAAGAGGAAGAAUCUAAGAAAGAAAAAGAAGAAAAAGAAAAGAAGCAAAUCGAAGAAGGACAGAAGAGCACAGAAGUGGAGAAGAGUGAAGAAGUCAGAGAGAAGACUAUCAACGAUAUACUGCAGGAGAAGGAGGACGCUGCCGCUGAGGCGUUUGAAAUCGGCACUUGGAGCAACGACAUGGCGUCUUCCAUCCCCGAGUCGAGCGAGUUCGACGAGCUCAUGGAACCGCUGCCUUCUAACCUCACCUUCUGCACUUCUGCGAGUGGCGGCACCGACUGGUGCGAUCCUACAGGCAGGCACAAGUACAGCAAGAACUUCGCCAUGGCCGACAGUGAUGACUCUUUUAUGUCCAGUGACCUGGACUCGGAUGACUCUGACCUGGAUUACGACGGGACGGACGAAGAGACUGACACCAGUGGCUACGGGAGCGCCAAGAAUCCUAACACAUCAAUGGGCGUCCGCAUAGAAUACAAGACAGCUCACGAGGCUGAAGCGUUCGACAUCGAGCGAGUCAAGAAGGUCAACCCGGCACCGCUGCCCGACGAACAUGAUGACGCAGCCGACAGGGACGAACACGACAGGGUUAUACGCCAGGGCAGUGCGCCACAAGAGUACAUCGAAAAAUUCCGCGCCUCAGUAGCCCAACAUAAACAAGAGAUCAUACAAAAGAACCACCUAAUUACCAAAGACAACCACAUCACAGACAUCUUACCAGAGACUAAAGACUCCUACCAUAGUGCAGUCAUCUGUAAACGCAGCGAGAACGAUGCUAUCACCGAACUCUUUCCUUAUGGCACAGACGAAUUAACCGUCAAAAACGGACAAAUUGACAUUGAAAGCAUAGAAAAAAAUAAACGAAAAAUUCUCCAAGAUUUGAAGAAUAAUUUGCCUAAGGAAGAAGUGAAGAAGUUGAAUUGUUUCGCUAUGAAAGACAUAAACAUUGAUUCGGAAGAUUAUGUGAAUGAAAAAGUGGUGAAUGUUGGUUUCGAUACGAAAGAAGGGUAUGAGAAGGCCAGUAAAGGGGUGGGGGAGUUUAAGCCCUAUUAUGAAGACGGGAGGGGGGGCAAGGAGUUUGAUUUUGAUUACCAACCGACGCUAGAAGGACAUCCGGGGCCAAGUCCUAGUGUUAUAUUGCAGGCGCUAACAAUGUCGAAUGCCAACGACGGCAUCAACCUGGAACGACUGGAGACCAUCGGAGACAGCUUCCUCAAGUUCGCCAUCACAGCAUAUCUGUACUGCGCCCACCCCACUGUGCACGAGGGCAAGCUCAGCCAUAUGCGCAGCAAGCAGGUAUCGAACCUCAAUCUAUACCGCCUAGGACGCAACAAACGUCUCGGAGCGCGGAUGAUCGCGUCUAAGUUCGAACCUCACGACAAUUGGCUGCCGCCCUGUCAUAAACCACCGCCUACGCUACAUCCUAGGAUCAAUGGCGAAGGCAAAGACAUAAUGCAGCACUUGGACACGCCGCAGGACUCGGCCGGAUGCUUCAUACCUUACAACCUCAUCACGCAGCAUAGCAUACCAGACAAGUCAAUAGCGGAUUGCGUGGAAGCCCUAAUAGGCGCGUACCUGCUAGAGUGCGGUCCCCGCGGAGCCCUGCUGUUCAUGUCGUGGCUCGGCAUCCGGGUGCUGCCGUGCCACCACGUGGCUCUGCACGACACCCACCCCUACGUGGCUACUGCCACCCGCAGCGACAAGCAGCAGGCCGAGGCUUCCCCCCGUGGGCCGCGCAGCCGCGUGUCGUCGUGCUCGGAGGACGAGGCGGAGGAGGUGUUCCCGGCGCAGUCGUGGUCGUGGCCGUCGCGGGCUGUCGGCUCGCUGAGGCCUUAUACUGAUGAGAACGGACGGUGGAUGCAGCCGAUAUUCGGGGAGCUGAAGGCGCCGCCGUCACCUCUGCUCCGGUACAUUGAGGACCCCGACGGAGAGUUGGAACAAAUGCUCUCAGGCUACGACGCCCUAGAGCGCACGCUGCAGUACCGCUUCAAGGACCGCUCGCUGCUGCUGCAGGCGCUGACGCACGCCUCGCAUCACGCCAACCGCCUCACCGACUGCUACCAGCGCCUCGAGUUCCUCGGAGACGCUAUACUGGACUACCUGAUCACGCGUCACCUGUACGAGGACGGGCGGCGACACUCGCCGGGCGCGCUGACGGACCUGCGCUCGGCGCUCGUCAACAACACCAUCUUCGCCACCCUCGCCGCCAGGCACGGCUUCCACAAAUAUUUCCGUCACAUGUCUCCGGGCUUGAACGAGGUGCUCACCAAGUACGUCAAAAUACAAGAGGAGAAUGGACACUCCAUUAGUGAAGAGCACUACCUAAUACAAGAGGACGAGAUGGAGCAGGCUGAGGACGUGGAGGUGCCCAAGGCGUUGGGAGACUUGUUCGAGUCCGUCGCGGGCGCUAUCUUCUUAGACUCAGGCAUGUCCCUGGGCGCAGUAUGGAAGUCGUACGUGAACCUAAUGGGUGCUGAGCUGGAGGCGUUCAGCGCCGCGGCCCCCAAGUCACCCGUCAGGGAGCUGCUCGAGGCUGAGCCUGAUACCGCCAAGUUUGGCAAGCCGGAGCGGCUGGCGGACGGGCGGCGCGUGCGCGUGUGCGUGGAGGUGUUCGGGCGCGGCACGUUCAAGGGCGUGGGCCGCAACUACCGCAUCGCCAAGGGCACGGCCGCGAGGUGCGCCCUCAGGCAUCUCAAGGUGCAUCGGCCACAUUAGAACAUAAUAAAACAACCAAAAUAAUAGUUUAAGGCCCGGUUAUUCGAAAGUUAAAGUUAAAAUUUUACCACGUUGUCAAUUUUGACCACGGUUUGUUUGAUUGUGACGUUUUUAUUAUGAAGUUUUAACGCUCGUAGAACUAACUGGUACUUCAACAACGCUUUUUGAAUUUAAACCCUGUUAAUUUUACUGUAACUAGAAUUUAACCCUAACUUUGACGUAACUGAGCUUCGAACAACCGGGCCUAAGAAACUAAAAAACACGCUUUUAGCAAGCACAAAUUACAAAGUCCGCCAUCUUGGGGAAGCCGCCAUAUUGGAUUUGUAAUAACGUGUCUUAGCUAGUCUUGUCUUAGUAUUGUCAUCAGAACUUAGCAUGUGGAAAAUGUCAUCCUAAUCGAAGGCCGGGAAAUGGGUCAAAGUACGGUUCGAAAUUAAGUUCCGAUUUGUUAUAAAUAUCUGUCAUUAUAUUAUAAUGACUCGAAAAACUGUAAUUAUUACCGUAUGUAUGUUUACUAUUUUAAACUUGACAAAGACAUUAUAUAUCAUUUUAGUACUUUUUAUUAAUUGCACCACAUUUUUUCGACCAUCAAAAAUAGUUCUAAAUAAGGAUCGCAAUAUAUUAAAAAAAUCCGUAUGUAAGUAAGUAUAGCUAUUGUAAGUUUUGAAAAAUGUUAAAUGUGUAAGUUAGAAUAAGAAAAAUACUAUAGAUAAUUUUAAGCUAAUAAUAUAAGACAGUAAAUAUUUAACUAGUAAGCCAAUUAAUCUAGUUUGUAAGUCUUCUCUUACAAGAUUGAAUGAAAUUCAACGCAAACUAUCUUCAUAGUUAAACCAUUCAUUCAUUUUCAACCGGCCGAUGUAUUGAAAGUGAAUGGAAAUAGGUUCAAUACGGGGACUACGAUUGAAUUUCAUUCAUUCUUUUAAAAAUUAUCUAAUAAUCGUGUUAUAAAAACAUGGAGAAGACUAGCGUAGAUGUCGUAACUGAAAAUCUCGUAAGAAAAUAGCGCGACAAAAUGCGUGUGUUCGAGAGACCAGGAACAAUACUAACUCCGCCCCCAUAUACCUUUGGAAACCGCCCAUUUGUUGUAAAAACCAAAAAUCUUCAAAUACGUAACUGGAACACCUCGUUAGGUUACUUAUAACGGAGCGUGUUGGUCACGCCCACAGUAUGUAUUUGACCUAGGAAAAGCCGUCUCAUUGGCAUCUCCGCUCAUCUUUCCUUCCUCAGUGGCUAUAAAACAUUUGUUGGCUGUAAACAUGAUAUAUAAUGCUGAAAAGUGUCCAAAACACAAGUCUUCACUUAUUCCGUGUUUAGAAAGACACAGCAUUUGUAGGUCCCUUUUCGCAGUCGUUACGGGAAGUCAGGAGUCAGAAAGUCUUCAAAUCAUGCCAAGGAGUGUCGGGUUGCCCGGGUAACUAGGUUGAGGAGGUCAGAUAGGCAGUCGCUCCUUGCGGGACACUGGUACUCAGCUGCAUCCUGUUAGACUGGGAGCCCAGAGUUGGUAUGAGGCUAUUUAAGGAUACUCGGUCUCGCCUGUGAAACUAUACGCACAUUCAACAUGAGCAAUAUUUCGUCACGGCAUAUAAGAGUUUGUCACUCCACAAGUACCCCAAUCUAUACUAAUAUUAUAAAGAGGAAAACUUUGUUUGUUUGUUUGGUUGUAAUGGAUAAACUCAAAAACUACUCGACCGAUUUUAAAUAUUCUUUCACCAUUAGAUAGCUACAUUAUCUGCGAGUAACAUAGGCUAUAUUUUAUUCCGGGGCGGGCAGUAGCUCCCACGGGACGCGGGUGAAACCGCGGGAAAACGCCUAGUACAAUAUAAAAUGUAGUCACAGUUAGAUAAUAUAAAAGACAGCUAAUCCUAUAUUUGCAUGUGAAAACUAUGUUCUUAUUUGAAGCCAGAAAUACGUGAUAAAAUCAGUGUAUAUUAUAAAAGUUAAACAAUGACCGUCACCCUGUCCGUCUUUUCGCGAGCAUCGAUAAACUACUGAACAGAUUUUUAUGUACUUUUCACCAAUAGAUAACUAAACGCCCUGAAUCUGAAUAAAAUAACCCUCUGAUCUUCUUAAAAAUAAAUAUUUUAACAAUGUUUUAGGCAGCUGGGCAGGUCGCUAUCAGUCGUGCUACUUUUUAUUUCCCAAGAAGUUUGUGGUUUCAAGUAUUCACUAAAGGUAAAUAAGUAUGAUGUGACUUUAUAUUUAAAAACUCAGUAAAAAAAUAAAAUGUGACAAAAACAACACAAUGAUAAAAAAUUAUCAAUUGAAUCAUUAUUUUAAGCAGUAAUAAACUACUGCUGUUUGAUAUAUGUACCUACCUAUAUUUCUUUGUGUAAAGUCAUAUCAAAAUUGUUUGCCUUGUUAAGUGUACGCACUGACUCAAAUGGAGUAUGCUUAGAUGUAAGUAUAAAUGAUAAUAUAAGCAAUUAUAAAAUCACUGCCAAUUUGUAUGUUUUGUGUAUUUUUAAUCACGAAGCUUAUUUAAUAAAAUUUUAAGAGUGCUAAGUAUAUUAUUUUAUUCAAUGUCUUACUUGUGCCACACAAUCUCACUGUUUCCCGCCAACUGGCCAUAGAGUAUAGUAUGUUAUCUCCGCGUCUAUGCGACAACGAGACGACAGAUAUUUGUGAUAAUACACUACACUAAACUAGGUACGGUAGACCGCACAUCAGUGGUAACUGUCAUGCACCUUAACUCAAUAGUAAUAAGUACGAUUUUCCUAUAAAACUGUUACCACUGACCUGAAGUUGACUGUACCCAAGUUACGAUAACUUAGGGCAAUGUUAAGUUAUAACAGAACAGAUAUGCAUAAAUAAAGUCUUUAUUGAAA